GACCUCACGCGCAAGGCCCGCAGGCAGAUUUUCCGUUGCGAGGCGAUGGUCCAGGACGUCCCCAUCAUUGACAUGUCCGCCCCCGAGGCAGCGGCCGCGGCGGCGGUGCGGGCGGCGGCGGCUGGCAGCGGCUUCUUCUACGUGACGCAGCACGGCGUGUCGGAUCAGCUGGUGGCUGAGGCGUUUGCGCAGCAGCGGGCGCUGUUUGCGCUGCCGCAAGAGACCAAGAUGGCGCUGCUUCAGGACGCCAACAACCGGGGGUACACGCCCUUCAGGGAAGAGACCCUGGAUCCCGCCAACCAGAAGCACGGCGACACCAAGGAGGGUUUCUACUUCGGGCGCGAGGUGGCCCCCGACAGCCCCGAGGCCUCCAAGCCCUUGCACGGCCCCAACCAGUGGCCGGAUCCCGCGCUGCUGCCCGACUACCGCAGGGUGACGUGGCAAUACUACGAGGCGCUCAACGCGCUGGGCAUGCGGCUGCUGCGGCUGCUGGCGCUGUCUCUAGACCUGCCCGCCGAGCACUUCACGCCCAUGUUCACGGCGCCGCUGGUCACACUGCGGCCGCUGCACUAUGCGGCGGAGGUGUCGGACCCGGGAGCCGGCGUGUUCGGGGCGGGCGCCCACACCGAUUAUGGCAUGUUGACGAUUCUGGCCACUGACGAUGUGCCCGGACUGCAGAUCUGGCUCCCAGACCGCAGCGUUGAUGAGGGCGAGGGCCAGGGCGGGCGCGGCAGCUGGCACGACGUGGCCCCGGUGCCGGGGUCGUUCAUCAUCAACCUGGGCGACAUGCUGGAGCGUUGGACCAACGGGCUGUACCGGUCCACGUUACACCGGGUGAUCAACACUACGGGCCGCGAGCGCUACUCCAUCGCCUUCUUCUUUGAGCCCAACUUUGACACGCGCGUGGAGGUGCUUCCCGUGUGCACUGGCCCCGGCAACCCGCCCCGCUACCCGCCCACCACCAGCGGCGAGCACCUGCUGGCCAAGUACGCACAGACACACGCCGGCUACAACGCCGCCGACAAGGAGGCCGAGCACUGAGCCAGCCGCCAAGCACGGAGCAGUAGUGUGCAGCGUAGUGCAGCGCAACCCCAAGUCAUGUCUAUUAGAGCUGAAGGGUGUAGCAUAGGAGAGCGGGAGAACGUGACAAACUACAUGCGUUGCGGUGGUCGCAUGUGUGCGUGGCCAUACUGUUUCGCUGUGGUAAGUCUCCGCGCUCUGGGCGCCCAGCAAGGCAAUAUCUGCGUUGCCCUAGCAGCUGCCCCAGCGGGCAGCGGGCUGCGCACAAUACAAGAGGGUCCGUGUCCCCUGGUAUGUGCAAGCCAUGCGCCCGAAAGUAGCAAGUGUAAUGCCGGGUCUUU